GCAGCGCGCUGGGCGCUAACGCAUGGACCGCUCACACGCACCGUUCACGCGGACUCGCCGCGCGCGCCAUGCUCGACCUCAUCAGUGCACCUAGCAGACUCUGGCUCAGCGACGGCGCCAUAUUCAUGACCCUCUCUGUCGACCGUGUCCUGCUCUCGACCAGCCCGGACAGUUGGGACUUGGCCGAGAUUUUCUCGUAUGCCACCGCUUUCGGCAAAGCUCCUACAACAAAUUCGGCGUAACGUUGGAAAACGGGCUCACGCAAGGCUCACGCAGGCGACGAACCACAAUGACCGCGUCCUUCACUCGAUUGUCUACCUCCACGUCGCCAUCAUCUCGCAGGCUCCCAUCUUCACCGCACGUU